AUGAGUUCAACACCGCGAACACCAGCAACGAGCAAAUUCCUCCUGCCUAAGCGCUCAACCCAGUCGUCUCAGGCACCAAGGUUCCAGCCCACGCCUCGAUUCGCCUCCUCGGGCACAAGGGCAACCCAGGCAUCGAGGAGUAUUGAGGAUGUGGAUGAGAAUGAUCUGGGUGGAUUUUCCGGCCCGGAGUCUUCUUCCGGAGAUGAUGACCAUGAGAGUCUCGGAGAGUUGGAGGUGACCCAUGAGGAGCUCCCUCGGCGGACUCGAGGGUGUAUGUCCCUGGAGGAAUCGAUUGAGGUUGAGUCCGUGAUACCUUCAGACUCUCUGGUUCACGAACUAUCCCAGGACGAAGUGGCGCAAAGCUCAUGGCGUUAUAAUUCCAUUGAUGGAGACUUGGAGGAACCCAUGCCCUCUUCACCUUUGGCCAAGAGGCGCAAAAUCUCCAUCUCACCCCUCCCUACGUCUAGUCCCCAAGCGAGCGAUCAACUGGGUGAGGAUCUUUUCCAGGAGACACUCCAACAGGUCAUUGAGGAUAACUCCCCGCGGUCCGACUUCGCUGGGGACCGUGGAAGUGAGGGCAGCCCCGACCUAUCUGAUCUAGAGACGGCGAUGCAGAGCAACGGCCCUCAGCAACCCACAUUCCGAGCACCCCCUCGCUUCAAGCCUCUCGAAGACGACGUGCCAAUCGCGGAACUGCCCGACUUUUUUUCGCCACGACGUCGCGGACAGAAAUAUGUCCCCGGGGGAUUGGCUGCAGGGCUGCAAGGGUGGCUUUCAGAGGUACGGGAGGGGGAGGGGAAGGACGGCAACGUCGAGUCUACAUUUCGCAUCAGGGUGGACGAAUUGCGUCCCGGUACCGCCAUGAACCUUGUUCGGGGAACCAAACCUGGCGAGCCGCAGGAACAACAGAACUUCAUUCUCGCGGGCGAGGGCAGAGUGGUGGAUCUUGGGAGGAAACCCAUUGUUACACAGGGCAGUGUAGCUAUUGUUUGGCAACCCUUUUGGGACGUGAAGCUGGAUGAUAUCACUUGGACAGUAGCUUGCGAUUGGACGAUAGAAUAA